UACCACUCUCUCUGGGUAAUUGAUCCAAAUGCACCCUCACCAAUCACGCGACUCUUAUCAGGUUCUGUAAAGUUUCCAAUGCUUAUCGCGCAUUUCUGCUGUCACUCUCAAGUUCUUUGUACACUACCCAGUUUAAUGUCAAGCUAAUUUUCAGUCCCUCCCAAGGUCGGUAAUCUCCGCCCAUGCUGAUCUCAUGCUUUACCCCGGUACCGUUUUCGUGUGAGCAGCGUGUUUUCUUCGUGCUUUUUAAAAGUGAUCCUAUUUCAACACCAAAGCAAAAACCGUGAAAAAUGACGGUCAAAAGCCAGAGUUUAUUGCGAGAAGUCUUCCACCAGACAGUUGCCGGAGGGUCUGCGGGUCUUGUGGAAAUUUGUCUGAUGCAUCCCCUCGACGUGGUGAAAACCAGGUUCCAAAUUCAAAGAGGACAAGGUGAUGCCACCAGUUACAGGAGUCUUGGCCACUGCUUUAAAACAAUGUUUCAUCAGGAAGGGAUUCUUGGCUUUUACAAAGGAAUCUUACCACCCAUCCUAGCAGAGACACCAAAAAGGGCAGUGAAGUUUCUAACUUUUGAACAAUACAAGAAGAUAUUAAGUUAUGCCUCAUUGCCUUCUGGUGUGAUUUUUACAGUUGCUGGACUUGGAUCUGGACUUACCGAAGGUGUUGUUGUCAACCCUUUUGAAGUGGUCAAAGUGAGCUUACAAGCUCAACGGAAUUCUUUUUCAGAGCAACCAUCCACAUUUGCUUAUGCACGUGAAAUAAUUCGAUCUCAGGGUUUUGGACUCAGGGGCCUGAACAAGGGACUGACAGCAACAUUGGGUCGUCAUGGUGUUUUUAACAUGAUCUAUUUUGGAUUUUACUUCAAUGUGAAAAGUAUUAUUCCUGUAAAUAAGGACCCAGCAAUGGAGUUCUUGAGGAAACUUGGAAUUGGAUUCUUGUCUGGAACGUUUGCUUCUUGUGUUAAUAUACCUUUCGAUGUUGCAAAAAGCAGAAUCCAAGGACCACAGCCUAAACCAGGAGUGAUAAAAUACAAAACCUGUAUUAAUACCAUCAGUACUAUCUAUAGGGAAGAAGGAUUCUUUGCAUUGUAUAAAGGCUUGGUACCUAAGAUCAUGCGCCUAGGACCAGGAGGUGCAGUUAUGCUCUUGGUUUAUGAAUAUUCAUUUGCUUGGCUUCAGGAAAACUUCUGAUUCAAACAGAACAAAAUAUUGCUGAAACAUUUGUAUUUUCUUAUGAAACCUCAUGUUACAGCCCUAAAUAAAUUUUAAUAAACAUGCAUUUUUAGCGGACAUUUAUCAGAAUCUGCAUUCAAAGCAAACAAAAUUAUAUCAUUGUAAAGUAUUUUAUCAUGUCAAUAAAUUAAUCGAACAUGAUUAACUGAAAAGUACAAUUUUUACAUCUAAAUAAAACAAAUACUUUGUAAUUCACAAUUUUUAAUUUAGAUAUGAUAUAAAAAUAAAAGGCUUUAUUACACAUAUAUACAGGUAAAGCCUAAUGAUUUACACCCUUUAAAUUUUUUUUUUACAUCCAUCUUGAACUUUAUUCCGGAACAGGUUUUAUAGAAGGUUUUGAUGAGACUGAGAAAAUAGCUGAACCUAUUUCUUUACAGAAACUUGAUAAUUAGCAUACUUUAAAAAAGUUAAAGUUUCAACAUAAAUUGAUGACAGAUUAUUUAUGCUUUAUGAGGAUUGCAGAUUUUUUUUGCUGCACAAUUAGCAGUUAUGACCUAAUUUACUGACUUUUCUAGAUUAAGUGAUAAUUAUAAUUAAAUACAUUUUAUAGGCAUUCUUUUUACCACUACCAUUGUCCUCACAAAUAAAAAUGAUUAUUUACAUGGAUGUAAACUUCACAGCAAGCUGAUGUACAUUCAUUUCAAACAGAAACAUUUUUGAAGUUAUCAGGAAAAUAUGUUAACAUUUUCACCUGAAUUGUAGGGUCAAUGCUGUAGCAUCAGCUAGAGCAGAAGUUGCUUUUCACAGUGGUUAUGCUACAAGUCCAUGAUUUGAGUCCAUUUAAAGCUUUCACAUGAAGCUUGAACUUUCUGAUCAACUUCUUAAAGAUUUUGUUCAGGUCUUCAAAUAACUAACUUUAUACCCUAGCUGUAUUUGACCCUGUGAGCCUGCAUAGGAUCCUGUAGAUUUACUUGGAGGGCUGGUUGACUUUGUAUCCUCUGCUGAAGAAAGAAAAUGUCCUUCAUAAAACAUGCGAACCUUCUACUGUAAGUACAUAAAGUAAUAAAAUAGUCCAGUUUUUCAAGUGUCUGGGCAUUUUGCCAUCGAUAAUGUGUUUUCCAGAAACCCAACAGUUACAGUCAGGGAGAAAAGUCUUACACAAUAUUACAAAAAUAAAUCUUGCCAUUUUAUUUGUAUUUACAAAGAAGAAUGCCUCUAUUCCAUAAUUAAUUUUCCCACAAUCAAUUAUUGCCUGACUAAUUAAUUAAAUUACAAUGCUUUGCCUCAUUCUGUAGGUCCAAUUACUUAAAUGUUACUUCAUUAACAGAAGGUAGUACUAUCUACAUAAAACAUACAUAUUCAUUUUUAGUUUUGCAGAGUGAACCACUUGGGUUCAAGUUUUCAAUUGAAUUGUAAGUCAUGGUGCUAAGGUUCAUGAGGAUUUUCUUCAAAACCCUUGACAGUGUUUCCCUCCAAAUAUCUCAUAAACAAUGCAGCACUUUAUUGAAUUGUUCUCAUAAAAUAAUCUGAAUGAAUAAUAGAUACAUUGGAUAUUUUCCCAAUAAUCAGCAUAAUUUAUGCAAAGUGUUUUAGAUACGCUAGUGUUUUUAAAAACUGAGCUUGAAUCAAGAAAAUAAAAUUGUAAAUGACCUGGGGUACUUGUGACAAGUUUAACUAAUCAGUC